CAUGGCGCAUGGCGCGCAUUGCGUCAGUUAACACGCGUUUGCAACAUCUAAGAACACGACGCGGUCCCUCAAUAUGGCCCGUCUAAGAGAUUAUGAUUGCAUCGGCUUUGAUCUUGAUCACACGUUCAUUCAGUACAGACUUGAUAAUCUUUAUCCGAUGAUAUACAGUUGUUUUGCGCAAGUCUUAGUGAAAGAAAGAGGGUACGAUUGUAGCUUGCUGGAGGAUGACUUUGAAGAUUUCAAGGAUUUCUGCCUGAAAGGCUUGGUCCUGGAUACCAAAAAGGGAAAUAUUUUAAAACUUGGAGUAGAUGGCUUUAUUUUAAGGGCUUCACAUGGUACACAGCAGUUGACAAGGAAAGAGAUUACAGAUUGCUAUGGGGAACAAUGCAUAUGGCCAAAGUUUAACAUCCUGAAAGAAAAUCCCAUUCAGCAUUCCAACAUUUUCAGAGUGUUUGAAAAUUACUUUGACCUUCCAGUGUUGGUUAUAUGUGCUCGUAUUGUUGACAUAACUGACAAAAAGUUUGGAAAACCAGAGGAGUAUAAUUUUUGGCCUGAUAUAAUUUUCUCUUUAAGGAAAAUUUUUAAUCCUUCAUCAUUCAAUAUAGACAAACAAGAACAGUACUUUUACAACCUGAAGAGAAAUAUAUCCACGUUUGUAAAACCUUCUCCUGAGAAAAUUAUCAACUGGAUCAAGUCAAUGAAAGAGACAAAACAAACAGUCUUCCUUCUCACCAAUUCAGAUAUAGAUUAUACAAAUCUUCUUAUGAAUUAUGCAGUAGGAAAACACUGGCCAGAGAUGUUUGACAUGGUUGUGUGUGCAGCAGGCAAACCAGGAUUUUUCAAGUCAGAAGAGCCACUCAUUAAGUUCCAUGAACUUGAUGGUGAAAAGGAAGUAUGCCCUGUUCAAGAGCUUCAAGAAAACAAGAUGUACAGUAAAGGAAAUCACAAGGAUUUAACCAUAUUUCUUCAAAAGCAGACAGACCAGGAUACGCCGAAGGUCUUGUACUUUGGAGACAGCAUCAGAUCAGAUCUGUAUCCAUCAGUAGUCUUUGGUGAUUGGAAUGUUGUUACUGUGCUGGAAGAGAUGGAAUCUGAAGGAAUGGUUACAUGUCAAGAUCAGCAGGAUUGUCUUGAGGAUGGUCCAAAAUCAAAGAAAGCAAGACUGUCUGUGCAAGACAUUGAGAUUGAAAGCUGCAAAGAAGAGGUUCUGUUGUCAAAGCAAUGGGGUUCAUUCUUUGUGCAUGCUGAUACUUGUCAAGAUAAAAUUAUUGAUUGUAAGUUAGAUGGAGAUCAUGACCUUGUGAAAACAUCUGGAAGGAAACAAAUCAAUACUUUCUGGGGAGAUUUGAUACAGAAAUAUAGCACUUUUGUAAUUCCACGGCUAGAUUUCAUCACAGAACUGUCUCCAGACCAUGCAUUUGAAGCCUUCAGUCUUUCAAAGGGAGGUUUCUAUCCAGGAAGUCCGAAGUCUCUUCAUUUAUAAUAAAAACAACUUAAUGUUUCUUAUAGUCAUUUAAUCACUGGUAUGCAAUCUAUUUUAAUAAGAAUUGUGAGGUCAAAUUUAGUUCUCUAUCAUGAAAUAUUAAAUUUAACUUUAAAUUUUCUGUUACUUGUGCCAUUGCAAAAAUUGUCUGUAGGAAUUUACCAGAAAUGCCUAGUUUCCUGUCAGUUUUAGCUAAUGUAUCUAUCAAAACCUCUUAUUAUUGGAAUUAUUUUAUAUUUAACUAUAAAAGACAGCAAUAAAAUGUUUUGUUGUAUAUAGUUA